UUUUCAUAUAAAAGCCAGAAGCCCGUCUGAUUUUUUUUUUCUCUCGUGUAAUUUAUCUCGUCGCCGGCGAUUGGAUACGACCAACUCCCCUCCGCCCCCGCCCCCGCCUCCGCCGUCGUUCGGAAUCGCGGCUGGUCCUACCGGAGAAUCGGUGGUAUCAGAUUCGAGCGUGGUCGGAGUGAAGAAGAUUUAGGGAUGGGGAAGAAGAGGAAGUCCAUAGCGACGAGCCUCGACGAGGUAGAUCGCACGGUCUACACGUCAUUUCGCACCGCCGCUAACUCUCUCUCGCAGCUCUAUACUCAGGCCAUGAACCACCAGAAGCUCUCGUUCCAAGCCGGCGAACGCCAUGGCCUGGAAAAGCUGUACCAAUGGAUUUGGAGACAACAAGAAGGAGGAUCGAGGGUUACAACUAUAGAUAUAAUCAAUUACAUUCAGAACGAGCUAGACAGCUACGUGGAGGAAGCAUCAAUGUCCCCAAGAGCUCCAUCUCAACCAACAGUGCAUGUCACAAAUUCAGGGUUCAUGGCCUGUUCAGGCACAUCUUGCCCAACAGCUGUUUCAGUUUCUCGUCCCGAGCAAAACGAAAACCAACCAAAGAACUCGGUUUUCUCGAAUGCCCUUUCGAGCCCUAUUCGCCGUAGUCUCCAGAACUACCAAAUUCAACAAGGUGGUUGUUUUCCAAGCUCUGGUGCCACCACAAGAAGCAAUGAACAGAACAGGGGAUCUAACUCUCCACGUUCUAAUGACUCUUCAAUGGAUAUGCAUGCAGAUUAAGUGUGUCUUCUGGUUUGGUUCCUUGCCAGAAUGUUGUCGGUUUACUGCUUUUCUUGAAAUGGUUUGAUGAAUGUUUACAUCACUACAUGUAAAGCAUUGUACCCUGUGGUCCUUCUCUAUGCCCAUUUUAACUUCUCUUUGUGUUCAUUGUUGAAAACAUCCUGAAAGAUUAGCAUCUGGUGAUUAGUAGUGUCAUGAUGCAUCAUGUAAACACAUAUCAUGUGACGUGUGACAUUUACAUGUAACUUCUGCAUGUGUCAUGUGUUGCAACA